UCCUACUAUAUAACUAUAAGCUCAAUCUCGACAAUUAACCUAACUUGAUAAACCCCACUGUCACUUCUUCGCAACUCCUCCAUUUACGUGCAUACGGCUCCAAUCUUCUUUGAAAUCCGACUGUAACUCUACACUCUUUAUCUGAUGGCUUCGACUUUUGCUGGUGUCUCAUCUGUUGGAUCCUUGGCAUGUUCCAGUAACAGAGUAAUAGAUAAGAAUCUGUCAAUUCCAUCAAACAAGCUAUCAUCUUUUGCUUCAAUAUCUUCUACUUCGUUAGUCAGGAGACAAAAUCUUUCACUCCGAAAAGCCCCACGAACUCCCCAAAUCAAAGCUGCAGCAAAGGAAUUGUACUUCAACAAAGACGGAUCAGCUAUCAAAAAGCUUCAAAUUGGUGUAAACAAACUUGCAGAUCUAGUCGGCGUUACUCUUGGUCCAAAGGGGAGAAAUGUAGUUCUAGAAAGCAAGUAUGGCACCCCUAAAAUUGUCAACGAUGGAGUUACUGUUGCUAAAGAGGUAGAAUUGGAUGAUCCAGUGGAGAACAUUGGUGCAAAACUUGUUCGACAAGCUGCUGCAAAGACCAAUGAUUUAGCUGGAGAUGGAACAACAACAUCAGUAGUCCUUGCACAAGGUCUUAUUGCAGAAGGUGUCAAGGUUGUGGCAGCAGGUGCAAAUCCUGUCCUAAUUACCAGAGGCAUUGAAAAGACAACUAAAGCCUUGGUAGCUGAGCUUAAAUUGAUCUCAAAAGAAGUUGAAGAUAGUGAACUUGCUGACGUGGCAGCAGUUAGUGCUGGAAACAACUAUGAAGUAGGAAACAUGAUAGCAGAAGCCAUGAGUAAAGUAGGAAGAAAAGGUGUAGUAACUCUUGAAGAAGGAAAAAGUGCUGAAAACAGUCUUUAUGUUGUUGAAGGCAUGCAAUUUGACAGAGGUUACAUCUCACCUUACUUUGUAACCGAUAGUGAGAAAAUGGUAGUUGAAUAUGAAAACUGCAAGUUGCUCUUAGUAGACAAGAAAGUGACAAAUGCAAGAGAUCUCAUCAGUGUAUUAGAAGAUGCUAUAAAAAACGGUUACCCAAUUCUUAUAAUAGCUGAAGACAUCGAACAAGAAGCUUUAGCAACUCUUGUUGUGAAUAGACUUAGAGGGGCAUUAAAGAUAGCUGCUUUAAAAGCUCCUGGAUUUGGAGAAAGAAAAAGCCAGUAUCUUGAUGACAUUGCCAUUUUAACUGGAGGGACUGUGAUUAGAGAUGAAGUGGGGCUUACUUUAGACAAAGCUGACAAUUCAGUAUUAGGGCAUGCUGCUAAAGUUGUUCUUGGGAAAGAUUACACAACAAUAGUUGGUGAUGGAAGCUCUCAAGCUGCAGUUGAAAAGCGUGUAGCUCAAAUUAGAAAUCUUAUUGAGGCAGCUGAACAGGAUUAUGAAAAGGAAAAGCUUAAUGAGAGAAUUGCUAAACUUUCGGGUGGUGUUGCUGUCAUUCAGGUUGGAGCUCAAACUGAAACCGAAUUGAAGGAGAAGAAACUUAGAGUAGAAGAUGCUCUUAAUGCAACAAAGGCUGCUGUAGAGGAAGGAGUUGUUGUGGGUGGUGGAUGUACUUUGUUGAGGCUUGCCUCUAAAGUGGAUGCUAUCAAGGAGACACUUGAUAAUGAUGAGGAAAAGGUUGGAGCGGAUAUUGUGAAGAGAGCUUUGAGUUACCCUCUUAAGUUGAUUGCAAAAAAUGCAGGUGUUAAUGGAAGUGUAGUUAGUGAGAAGGUUUUGGCGAAUGAUAAUGCGAGAUACGGAUAUAACGCAGCGACAGAUAAAUACGAAGAUUUAAUGUCGGCUGGAAUCAUCGAUCCAACAAAGGUGGUGAGGUGUUGUCUGGAGCAUGCUUCAUCUGUGGCAAAAACAUUCUUGAUGUCAGAUUGUGUGGUGGUGGAGAUUAAGGAACCUGAACCUGUUGUUGCUGGAAACCCCAUGGAUAAUUCUGGGUAUGGAUAUUAAGGAGGCGGGUCAUGGGUGUAGUCUGGGUCGGGUAAUAAAGUUAGAUAAGGUAGGAAUUGGUUUUGGGAUAAAUUCAUAAAAUUGAGAUGUUAUUUAGGUAAUCAUCCUGUGUUUGAUGAGAUCUCCGGGAUGCGGGAAGGUAUGUAUCAUGUAUGAUGAUGAUGAAGGAUUUUUAUGAGUAUAAAUUAAUGAAAAAAAUAAGGUUUCGUCAAUAUUAAAAAUAA